ACCAAACUGCCAUCACAAACCUCGGGCAAACGGUCGCCAUUGAACUCGCUCGCUGGGGGCUUCCCUUGCGUUCCCUUGGAUUGCAAUCGACAAUUUUCUUGCAACCUCUACACAGUAAACACUAAAAAGGGUGAGGAAGUUGGUUAAAGUGAACCAGCAAGUGGACACAGUGUGCGAUUCGAGGUAGUGUGCCGUUUUGUGUUGUGUUGCGCAAACACUCGCUGCGAUGGACGCCAGCAACGGAACUAGCGAACGGAACCAAUCAAACAAUGCGAACAAACCGAAAUCUAACCAGAAUGUGCAGGUUUACGUUCGCGUCCGCCCAACAAAUGCCCGGGAGAAGUUGAUACGUUCGCAGGAGGUGGUGGAGGUGGUUUCAAACAGGGAGCUGCAGCUAAAAUCGAACUACACCGAUUCGCGAACGUCGAAAAAGUUCACCUUCGAUCGGGCCUUUGCACCGAACUCGAAGCAGCAUGAGGUGUACCAGGCGGUGGUGGCACCGUACAUCGAGGAGGUGCUGUCCGGGUUCAACUGUACCGUGUUUGCGUACGGUCAGACGGGCACGGGGAAAACACACACCAUGGUCGGGGAGGAGGAGCAGAAUCUGAGUGCGGCCUGGGAAGAUGACACACAGACGGGCAUCAUACCGCGCGCCGUGAACCAUCUGUUCGACGAGCUGCGGAUGACGGAGCUGGAGUUUUCGAUGCGAAUAUCGUACCUCGAGCUGUACAAUGAGGAACUGUGCGAUCUGCUGUCGACCGACGACACGAUCAAGAUACGCAUCUUUGACGAUGUGCAGAAGAAGGGCUCGGUGAUUGUGCAAGGGUUGGAGGAGAUACCGGUGCACAGCAAGGAUGACGUGUACAAGCUGCUGGCGAAGGGUCAGGAACGGCGCAAGACGGCCUCGACGCUGAUGAAUGCCCAGUCGUCCCGCUCGCAUACCAUCUUCUCCAUCAUCGUGCACAUCAAGGAGAAUGGCAUCGACGGUGAGGAAAUGCUGAAAAUUGGUAAGCUAAAUCUGGUAGAUUUGGCCGGUAGCGAAAACAUCUCAAAGGCGGGCAAUGAGAAGGGCAUUCGAACGCGCGAAACGGUCAACAUUAACCAGUCAUUGCUGACGCUCGGCCGUGUGAUUACGGCACUAGUGGAGAAAACGCCCCACAUACCGUAUCGUGAGUCGAAGCUUACACGCCUACUGCAGGAGUCGCUCGGAGGGCGCACGAAAACAUCGAUCAUAGCGACCGUUUCGCCCGGUAACAAGGAUUUCGAGGAAACGCUCAGCACGCUCGAGUAUGCGCAUCGGGCGAAGAACAUUCAAAACAAACCGGAAGCGAACCAGAAACUGUCCAAGAAAACGGUCAUCAAGGAGUACACGGAGGAGAUUGAUCGGUUGAAGCGUGACCUGAUGGCAGCACGGGACAAGAACGGCAUCUAUCUGGCGGAGGAAACGUACAACGAGAUGGUCUACAAAUCGGAAGCGGCCACAAAGGAGCUGAACGACAAGCUGGCACUGAUCAAAGCGCUGAAGGAGGAUUUGGCAAGGAAGGAGGCGAUCUUCAAUGAGGUGGCGUGCAGCUUGGCCGAACGGGAGGAACAGUUGCGCCGUACGGCGGAUGAUUUGGGCCAAACACGGGCGGAGCUGUCGAAUACGAAGAAAAAUCUUUCGAAAACCAAGCGAAGGUACGUGGAGAAGAAGGUGAUACUCGAGCAUCAUCUCAAGACGGAGCAGAUGCUGACGGGCCAGGCCAAGGAGCUGAUCAACGUCGUUGAAUCGGUGACGGAAGACACGAAUGGGUUGCAUGAUACGGUGGAUCGUCGUAGAGAGCUCGAUAGCAGGAAUAAGAGCGCUACGGAGCAGUUUGUCGAUCGUGUGCGCCAUCGCAUUGGCACUAUACAAGAUGAUGUGAGCAAAAUGGCGGAAGAGUGCAAUAGGCUCACGAUGGACAUGAACGUUGGCUGGGAGAGCUACAACAAGCAACAAGAAGCGGCUUACAUCGAAACGAAGACACAUCUUUCGACGCUGGAAACCGUGAGCCACAGCCUACUGCAACAGAAUGCAUCUCUCGUGGGCGCGUUUAAAGCAUCGAUGGAUGGAAAAAUGGAAGCACGACGUGAUGAGGUCAUCCAGUUUUUGGAACAGGUAGAACAAUCGCGCCUAGCCUUGAUGGAAACGUUUACCAGCACGAUGGAAAAGCUAAAGCUUGGUAUUCGCACCACGAUAGAUGCACAGCACGAGCAGGUGCAGGCACAGUUCGAACGAAUGAUCACGCACGGUCAAGCGCGCGAAUCAAAGUGUGCCGAGUUUUGUCAAACCUUCACGGGACAGCUGGCCGAGCUCGAUUCGAUUACGUCCACCUUCGAACGAAAUCACACCGUUCUGCAAGACUACGUCGCACAAUCGGAGCAGAAAAAGCAAAACGAGCUGAAAGCGACGAAAAAAUUUGAGGCGAAAGUAAGUUGCCUGCUGGCAGAGUUCGUGCAGCAAAUGACAGCUUCCAGUCAGCAGCAGACGGAGCUUUCUCGCGUAGUAGUACGCGUUUCCGACGAACUGGUUAGCCAAGGCACGAAAGCUACCAAACAGUUGCAAACGAUUCGCUCGUCGAUCGACGAAAAGAAGGCCAAGGUACAGGAAUCAACUGCGGAAUGGGACAGCCAAGCGCAAGAGUGUGCUGCGUUGGUGCAACAGCACCAAAGAAAGGCAGUAGAAGAGCUGGCGAGUGUGGAUCUGUCCGUGGCUGAAGUGAGUAAUGCGACCCUUGCCAGUACGAUCGAACAACAGCGUACGCGAGCGUCUACAGCGCAGGAAGAGACUCGUGCGUGUGUCGUAGAAUUUGCGCAACAGUUCGACAAACAGAAUGGAAACUUUGGACAGGCGCAGGAAGAAGGCAUUGGCCGAGCGAUGGGCAGUCUGCAGGUGCAGCAGCAAGCACGUGCACAGUUCGGUAGUGCCAACUGUGGUCAUACGCAACGUAUCGGACAAACGGUGGAAUCGUUCGAACGGCGGGCCAACGAGGAACAGUUGGCUGAGCUGCAGAAUGACUUCGAACGGUUCCACGAGAAGGAUUUAACGUUCUACCAAUCGUCGGGCAAAACGCCGAUCCGGAAGAAGGUUCAGUACCCGCGGGAUAUUGCAAUGACUUCACCGGAUGAGCGCAUUUUGCGGCGGUUCUGGCGCGAGCGCGGUGCCACCGAGGUGGAUCUGUCCACAACGAUCUGUGAGGAUAUGGAAGAGAUCUGUCCGCUCGAGAGGAGCAUUACAAACAUUAAAGCUCCUGAAAUCCGCAACUCGACGCCCUUGAUGCAGCGAUCCAACAUGCUCAACCUGGACGAGGAAAGGCAACACUUCAAGGAGUUGCAGAUAUCAAACAUCGGCUCAAAGAUCAAUUCCGUGCAAAUGCUCGAAGAAAGUGUUGAAGAAAACAAGGAAAACAACGAGCUCAUCAAUGGAGACAUUCCACAGCACAAACAGGAGAAUGGCAUAAAGAUAAGUCCACAGCUCGAGCAGGCGAGUUCCAUCACCAUCUCACCCUGACGUUUGGUAAUUUGACCCAUCAUGCCCUCCCCCUCCUAAUCUGUUUCCCACUGUGCGUGUUCGAUACACCGUGUGGGAAGUGUUUGCAAUUGUCUUGACGACCAGUGAGGUGUUGCUUCGGAAGCAGACACCCGCCACUGAAUGGUUCCGAAAGGUACGAAACGGUACAACCAGAUUUUAUCGCUAAAGUUAACAAAAGCGCGGUGAGUAAAAUGCAGCAUUAAUAUAUGUAUAGAUAACGCGCCAUAAUUUUUAAACAUUUACUAUAACUACCUGUAUCAAAAAGUACGUUGAACAUGGGAACAUCUCUCUGUUGUAUGUGUGUUUGUUUGCUUGUGCUUUUUCCUUUAACAAUAAUCUUUACACACACACAGCAGCAGCAUUUUUAACGAAACUGUGUAAGAGAUCUUACUAAAAAAAAUAAAACUCAAACUCUCAAAAUGUC